CUGCCAGAAGAGAAAGGCACUUUCUCUCAGGCUUAGCAGCAAGUGGCAGCAGCAACAGAAGUGGCAAUGAGACGCUCUGUGCUCCUCGCUCUGUGGCUCGGCCUGGUGUUGAGCCUUUUGAAAGCAGAAGCCAGUACUGUAAAUGGAACAACUCCUCACCCAAAAGAGCUGCCAACACCAAAAACUACAGCCAACGCCAGCACUGUAAAUGGAACAACUCCUGGCUCAACGGUGAUGCCAACCACAGAAACUAAUGCCAACGCCAGCACUGUAAAUGGAACAACUCCUGGCUCAACGGUGAUGCCAACCACAGAAACUAAUGUGGACUUCUGCAGUGAACAUCCUUGUGGAAUAAAUUUUGCUACAUGCAUUUCCUUAAAAAGCAAGUAUACCUGUCAAUGCCGAUAUGGAUUCUACUACAGCGAUAAGAACUGUUACAAAGGGCAAGUAUACCCAGCGACAAUUGCAGUGAGAGCACUUUACACUAGUAGUCUUCACAAUGUAAAUUCCACGGAAUACGAAAAGCUGUUCGACAAUGUAUCAGCAUUUUUCAGGGGGGCCUUACAACAUAAUGCGACAGGCUAUAUGCAAACCAACAUCAUAGAAAUCCAAGAUGCAAGAGAAAGCAGAAAUUCUGUUCUCAAUGUAACAGUGACAAACCUGUUCACAUGGGACACAACUGAAAAUGCCACCACAAUUAAUGAUAUAAUACAACAUGCAAUAGAAAAUGGAAACAUGUCCUAUGUCUACUCCUAUGAAGUUGCAGAACACUGUUCUGUUUAUAAAUGUGAUAACAGAACCACAGAUUGUCAUGGGAGCAUGUUUCCAGAAUGCAAAUGCAAACCUGGUUUAGCAAAGACAAUAUGGGAUGAUCGUUCCUGUUCAGUUUGCAGUGAAAGCUGUUCUGCAGCAUCAUACAAGUACUGUGUAAGAGAAGAAGGGGUUCCAAAAUGUAAAUGUAUGGCUAACUAUAAAAACAUGACUGGAGACUGUGUGGCCUGUCCAGUGGGCUACGCUGGGGAGGAUUGCAGCGACAAUAGUGAACUCAUCCUUAUAAUAGUGGGCACAGUGUUGGGAGCUGUUGUCCUGAUUUUAGUGAUAGCAGUCUCUAUUGUUUCAGUCAGAGCAAAGCACAAACAAAAUCCAGAGAAGAAGAGCCUGAUAAACCCAGGGUAUACCAACAAGAAUACUUCUGAUGAGAGACCAAGCUUGUUCCCCAGGGUCCAGACCACUUCUGGCCACACAAACCCAGGAUAUCAGCCAAACAACCCCUAUGACAUGCGUUCCACAAAUAGAGACAAUUUUCCAGAGAGGGAUUAUGACAAUUUGUACGAAGCAUCACAGGAGCCUAGGGGCUUUAGGAGGAAAUAUUGAGUGACCAGAGCAGUAGAAGGAUGAAUGACCACCACAACUCUUGGUCAGAGCAAAGAGCUUCACAGCCUCUCACCAAUGCAAUUACUUCAGCAGAGAAGACAACACCAUCUUAAACCCCAGAUUCUCUCAAGAUUUUCUAGAGGAAGAUUCCUGCUUGAAAGAGAUCAUGGACAACUUUGAAAUAAGGGAAAAAUGUUAGAGAGUAGGGAGAAGAAGAGGACUUCUUUUAAAAGAGCUAAUGUGGUCUAAUAAACAUUCAACUUUUUCAAUGAGGCCAAUCCAUUGGCAAGAGAGUGAGUGUACACAAAAUACCAGGAUUUUAACCCUGCUGAUUUUCAUUUCUGGAAGAUGGUCCAGGCAAUAUGUGUGAUGCUGAAAAACAUCACUACAGAGCUUCACUUGGAUUUGUGCUCACUUAAUUUGAACUACAGCUUUGGGCAGAUGAAAACUGUUUUUCAUGAGAACCUGACCUGUUUCACUUUACUAUAUUAGAUACAGGUUUUUUCACCCUCCUCAACCUGCCAAUAUUUCCCAUCUGAAAGCAUUCUGUUCAUAUCUCUGCUGACAUGGGUUGUGUGACACAAUGGCACUUGUCUGACCUUUUCCACAGCCUUCCUUCCCAAUACAAUGGCAAGAUAUGAUAUCUUCAAACAAACACUAUUCUUCUUCAUCUUGCAAAACUGCAUUGAUUUUACAUUUUUAGCUCCUGUGGAAAGUGUUAGCAAUUUUUUUUUUUUUUUUGAUUUUGCAGUCUUUAUUUUUGAAUGAUAAUAAGCUUGGUGUUUGGGUUUUCUUAAAUUUUUUUACAUACAGUCGUUAAAUCUGUCUGUAAAAGGAUUUAUAUUUUACUGUAUUUUACUGAGUGUGCAUUAUCUGUUGACCGGCAUUAAUAUUAUAGUUAUAUAAAAUACUUGUUUGCACACAUAUGUACAUAUAUUUAUAGGCUACAAUCAUUUAAAGCAUCAUUUAAUUCUGUUGUAUUUUGUGUUUUGAUUUUUAUAUAUGCAGAU